GUAGACAGUCGUCAUUCGUUUUCAGAAGUGCGUGGCGAAAAACAAAGGAAAAUGGAUAAAAUUGAGAGUUGCAAAGAUGAUGGUGUCACAAAUAAAAAAGAUCAGAGCCAGAGAAAACCAGGUACCCAUAUUUGGUGCAAAAUAGCUCAGGAACAAGCUUUGGAAAACAAACAGAAUGAAAUGAAGGAAAGAAUGUUGCUUUUAAAAAAGAAUAGGGGUCGUAGGAACGCAACUGAUUUAGUUCCUAAGAAGGCACAAAAACGGAAUGCACAAGAUCGCAAUAAUGCUAUAAUGAAGAAGAGAGGUAAAAAAGAAGAACAAAUGGAAGAUACGAAGAAUGAGGAAAAAGAGUGUGGAAAGCCAGUGGUGGAAAAAUAACUACAUUUACUAUAAUCUAAAAUCAAGAAUUCAUUACCCUACGUUCUACAUCCACAUCCUGAGUGUAAGCUUUCAGAACCAUAGAAA